AUGGCAACUAUUGCUUGUAAACAAAUCAUGGCGGUGUGAAUUGAAAUUUUAUAUUUAUAACUUUAAUAAAAUAAUAUGCAUUUAAGCGUUUCCCUAUAUUUAUAAUUGUUAUGUUGUGUAGGAAGUGCAGGAAUCUUUUAUUGUCCUGACUAUUAUGUAAUUUACUAGCUGAUGAUUAUUGCCUUAAUUGCUGCACAAUUAAACAUUGACAGGUUUAAAAAUUUAUUUGCAGAAUUCUUUCAAAAGGGAAUGACUGAAGGAUAAAAUGCUAAUGAAAAAAGUACCAUUGUUAAGCCUAUUCAUAUCAACAAGACUUGAUAUUUUGGGGAAAAAUACAGUGCAUCACCUUCAUUCAGAUGCUAGAAGACAAAAUUUCUUCAAAAUAGUUCGAAAAGCGGCUGGGCAUUCUAACUCUGUUUUAUCACACUCUACUCUUAAAAAUUUGUUGCAAAAUUGUAAAUCAGUGAGGGAACAAAUUGAUACUUUUCUUACAUACGUGCAAUUAUCAGAACAAGAUGUUUCAAAUCGACUUUUAAUGUGCAAGGAUAUUGAAAAUGCCUUGAGGACAACAUUUCCUGAAUCGUCAGUGCAUCCUGUUGGUUCAAGUGUUAGUGGCCUGGGCUUACGAGGCUGUGAUCUAGAUUUGUCUUUUCAUUAUUCUGCCUCAAAUCCUAAUUCUCCAGCGCAAAACAUUGUUGUAACUAAUGUUGAUGUCUCCUCUGGAAAAGUUCCUGCUUCAGAUUUUCCAUACCUUCCUCUUAAACAGCAAUUAAUUUUUAUCCAGAAGGUGUUGAAAGAAUCUGGUAUAACUGAAGUCACAACUGUAGUACCUGGUCGCUUUCCAAUAUUAAAUUUUAGUUGUAAUGAUCUUGGGUGCGAUCUUUCAAUCAAUAACAGGUCUGCUCUUCAAGGAACAAGAUUAAUGCAAGCUUGUAGUAAACUGGACCAUCGAGUUGCACCGUUGUUUCAACUUAUCACUUAUUGGGGGAAACAUUUUUAUCUGAUUGGAGGACCACUCAAGUUCAAAAGUUAUGCUAUAUUUCUAAUGAUUGUGUACUUUUUGCAGAAAAGAUAUCCUCCUAUUCUUCCUGCACUACAAAGUGUACUACAGAAAAUAGAUUUAAAUGAAGACAAAUAUUUGUUUUCUGAAGGAAAAGACACUUCUGAAGUUUUCUCGCCUUCUUCAAACUCAGAAAAUUUAGAAAUGUUGUUGCGAGAAUUUUUCUUCUUCUAUGCAAAUUUUGAUUUUACAUCUGUUAUCUGUACCUUAGAUAGAAAUGUAUGGGAUGGAAAAUCCUUCAUCAUAAAAGAGCCUACAUUUGAACUGAAUACAAUUAAUGUUCAAGAUCCAUUUAACCUUAGUUGGAAUGUGACAACUGGCGUCGAUUGGAAACACAGCAAAUCCCUCAUUAAAUCUCUGCUUUCUGCUUGUGAAGCUUAUCAUGAAAGUUCAGAUCAACCAAUAACCAAUCAGAACUGGGGACUUCUUGCCAUGUUGGAUCGCUCUUCUGCAAAUUACUCAUUUGCAAGAAAGGAGACAGUAGAAAUGAAAAUUCAGUUGGAUAAAACAGAUGAAAUAUCAGAGAACUGGAUACAAAUCUGUGAUAAUGUUUUCUGCUUUCUUCAAGAUUGCUUGCUUUUUGAGUGCCAUCCUGUUGAUUCAAAAACCAUCAAGUUUCAGAUUGACAAAACUGCUGUAAUCAAUAAAACAAUAGCUUAUAAUAAAAAGUACGGUAAGCUUCGAACUUUCGAGAAAGUUGAUAAAACUUCAACUACUGAUAAUGUAACAAAUAUUUUAUUUAGUCACAGUAUGUAUGUUACUGUUUUAGAAACUUGGCGGGGUAGAAGUAAUUAUUUUUAUCAGGAUGAUAUUGAAAGUAAACAGAUUUUUGUUGGCACUGAACAGCAAAUCUCAAACCAAAUUUUAGAAAAAUGUGUUGAAAAUAGUGAAGAAAAAUUUAUUUUUAUCUGUGAUUGUAGUGUUAUUUCCAUUGGCAAAAAUAUUUUUCUUAAUAUUAUCAUGAGAGCUGUAAACAAACCUGUAUUUAUACCAAAAUUAAGAAUUUUUUUAAAAGAAUAUUUUCUCAAGUAUUCAAGAUUUUUAUAGAUAAUUCUGAUUUUGAUCUGAAAUCGAUGUUACUUGUAAAUAUCUUUUAAAAGAAUAAUAGAUAUAUUGUUAAUAAAUUAUUGUCUUCGA